CACGCAUUUGAGAGAUUCCUCAGCUUGGCGAUUCAAUUCUCCGAAGAUGAUGUCUUUCGCUGGAAUCACAACUUCAAAUCCAACUUUUCUUCGGCUAAGGAUCUCUAACACAAGUUUACCUUCUGUGGUUCCAUGUAAUUCGAUUUCGUUUCCUUCUUUGUCAUAUGUGAAUCUCAAUCUCAAUCUCAAUCGGCGCAACCGCCUCUCUGUUCGAGCUACUUCAGUUCCAGCUGCACCUGCAAUGGAGGGACUGAAGCCGGCGAUAUCUCUGUCAGAGAAUGCACUUAAGCAUCUGAAUCAAACGCUAGACCAGAUGAUUCCACUAUCGAAUAUGAAGGAUUCACUAUAGUUUGUGAUCCAAAGAGCAUGCUCUUUCUUUUCGGAAUGCAGCUUGAUUACAGUGAUGCUUUAAUUGGUGGAGGCUUCUCUUUCUCCAACCCUAACGCUACACAAACCUGUGGAUGUGGGAAGUCUUUUGCUGCCGAGAUGUGAGCCAGUUUGACAUAUUGCAGUUAAUAAAUAAUAUAGUUAUAG